UAAUUCCACCUCAGCUGUGCCGUAGCGCUUCAGUACGCGAUCGGCUUCGAUCAAGUGCAGUUCGGUAGUGGUUUGUCUCAAGUCUCAAGUCGGGGACGGUUGAAAUUGCUCACAGCACAGAACAGCUCGGCUCACUAAAUGAAGGUGGCAUUGGUGGUGGCCACGAUCGCCGCCAUCGCGGCGGUUGCAACGGCUCAACAACCGAUCGACAAGAUCUACUUCCCCGAGAACGAAACCUCCAUCCUGGACUUUGCCAACCGGGCCAGCAUCGACGAGGUGGUCACGCCGGACCCGCUCGGGCCAAACGCGCCGACACUCUCUCCGAUGACACUAAUCACGGCCCAAGGCGACCGGUGUACGUGUGUGCCGUACUUUAUGUGCAAACCGGAGGCCGAAUUCGCCGAACAAAACAAGUUCAACGAGAUCGACGUCAACUACAACCCGGAAAGCUGUCAGGAUGUUCUGGACGUGUGCUGCCGUGAAGAGGAUUCGCUGGUGGUUCCGAUGAAUAAUACUCCGGGAGCGACCCCAACCACCACGAGAAUCCGAGGAUGUGGACUGCGAAACAUUGGCGGAAUCGAUUUCUCGCUGACCGGAAACUUUAACAACGAAGCCGGUUUCGGCGAGUUCCCGUGGACGGUUGCCCUCAUCAAGACAAACGACGGUUCAAGUCACUGCGGAGGAUCGCUGAUCCAUCCGAACCUGGUCCUAACCGGAGCUCACUGCGUGCAAGGAUUCCGUCGGGGUGAGCUGAAGAUCCGUGCCGGCGAGUGGGACACCCAAACUACCAAGGAACGUCUUCCGUAUCAGGAACGCUUGGUGACCCGUGUCAACAGUCAUCCCGACUUCAACCCCCGUACGUUGGCCUUUGACGUGGCGGUUCUGGAGCUGGAAAAGCCCAUCCAGCUAGCGGACCACAUCAACGUGGUGUGUCUGCCACCGUCUAACUACGAUACCCGCCGGUCGGAUUGCUUCGCCAGCGGAUGGGGCAAGAACCAGUUCGGCAAAGCGGGACGAUACAGCGUGAUCCAGAAGAAGGUUCCCCUGCCGUUGGUGGACUCCUCGACCUGUGAACGACAGCUGCAGGGCACGCGACUCACGAACCGCUUCCGGCUUCAUCAGACGUUUAUUUGCGCCGGAGGUGAAAAGGGAGUGGACACUUGCGAAGGAGACGGAGGUGCGCCGUUGGUUUGCCCGAUCGGAGCGGCCAGCGAUAAUCGGUACGCCCAGCUCGGUAUGGUGGCGUGGGGAAUCGGAUGCCACGAUAAGGUGCCGGCGGUGUAUGCCAGCGUGGUCAAGUUCAAGUCGUGGAUUGACAACGUGGUCCGGACGCUCGGGUUCGACACCAGCGUGUACGAUCCGAACCUGUCGCAGUUUGCGGAGCUGUUUGCUUAAACCUUUACUCGUAAUACGAUUUUAAAUACAGGAUUUUACUAUAAUGAAAAGA